CUCCAACUCCACCAGAAGUGAGCAUAGCAGAGAGUGCACCGGUCAGCGUAGCAGUCAGGGCGGUAGACAGCGUCCAAUCCCACAAUGAUGUCAGGGCAAUUCCCAAGUAUGUUCAGUACUGAUCAGCCAAGAGGCAAAAGACGAUUUCCCACCCCGGCUCCUUGCAUCGUCAAACGGACGGACUUUCACAUAUAUGUCCUUUCGGGACCCAGUCAAUUUACACCUAAGGGCUCGGAAGAGCUACCACUUGCCCAUGCUGGCCUUGGAAAGAGGAUGCAAAAUCUACCGGACAACUUAUUGCACAGUGAGACUAUGGCUUCGGUUGAGGAAGAAUUUCCAAAACUGAAAACAUUAAAAGGAGGCUGGAUGUUUUUCAAGUCAGCAGGUGGUAGUGGACGUCGAAAGCUGUCCAUAAUUCCUACUGACUCCGAGGGGUACUCCACAAGGCUCCUCAAAACAGCGUCCAACAACGGAAAAAACAUUGUGUUUGUAAUUCCACUACAGGAGCAACUUUCUACCGAACCACUACCCUAUGACUCGGCAGAGUUUGCAAAGAUGCCACCGUCAACCUGCAUAACAUGUGGCAGUCAAAUGCCUUUGCAGCUGUUGCCUUUACAUGUGGAGGAAUGUAAUGACAUAUUGACUGAGAGUGAAUCUGGGACUUCUCUUGAUGAAGUGAUUGAGCAGCCAAAUCCACCUAACACAGGGAUGGGAGAAUUGUCAAAGGUUUGCCCUAUAUGUCUUGAAUCUUACCCGAUUGAUGUCCUCUCAUUUCAUGCAAGCACAUGUGGUGAAGGAAUGGACCCUGCUCAUCAUAGCGAUGCAGCCAGUAUGACAAGGACAGAGGAAAUGCCAGGACCUUCAGUUCAACGAUUGCCAGCAACAGUUUCAGCAGCACGGGCCAAUGAAGUGGACCCCCGGAAGGCAUGUCAGUUGUUCAGAGAGGAACUGCAGGAACGUAACUAUGAAUGUCCACGCCUCUUUCUAUCAAUUGACUUGUUUGACGCAGAAGAAGAAACGGACAAUCCACUUUUGUCAGUGUCAAAAGGAAAAAGAUUAUGCGGCAUGUCUCGAGACAUGCAGUUCCUGAAACUAGAGAGCAUCAGGUAUGAUUUACUGGCCUAG